AUGCUGGCCGUUAGGGCUGGCGCCGAGGAGGUGUAUGGGGCAGAGCUCUAUGAACCUCUCGCGCAGAUCGCCAGGGAGGUCACAACGCUAAACUGCGGGGAUAGGAUCAAGGUUGUCGCGAAGAGGAGCACGGACCUGAGUGUCGGAGAAAACGGAGAUCUGCCCCGACGAGCCGACAUGUGCAUCAACGAAAUCUAUGACUCCGCGCUCCUGGGCGAAGGGUGCCUGCCCGCGUUCCGUCACGCGCUGGCCAACCUCCUGGUGAGCGGCGCCGAGGUCCACGGUGUGCUUCUCUCGAGCAAGUUUCUUCGGUCUCGCCACGACCUCUCGACAGCGGAGUUCAGUGAGGGCGUCCCCGUUGCUCGCAACCCACGCGCGGCGGCGUGCCGCGGCGGGAGAAGGGCCCUCCCUCUCCAGGGCGCAGAGCUGGAAGAUGCCGGUACGAUGGGAUGGUGCAAUAGUAUACUUCCCACCCCCUCGACGGUCAUUUCUUCUGACCACUCUCCCUCUCUCUCUCUCUUUCUCAGGCCAGGGGCGGAGAAUUGGCAAGACCAUUGGACACCCUCGUACUUCCCUAUAUGUAACCGUGUUGAGGUUCGCGCGGGGGACUUGGUCCGCAUGAAAGUCACCCACUCGGAACUGAAUAUCAUGUUUGAGGUGCUAGCGGUUGAAAGAGAACCCGAGCAGCAGCAACAGCAGCAGCAACAGGAGAAGGGGGAGAAAACAGCGGCUACUGAAGGCACCAAUGAAGUUGCAGACGUUCCUACCAAGGCUGCAACCCUGAAGCGCGACCGCUCUCCGGGAACCGCAGAGGAAGGCCCGAGUCGUACCCUCGCCACCACCAACGGGACCAAGGCCACGCGAGAUGGCGACGCAAACGGCUACCGUAUGGAGAGGGAGUGGGACCCAGAGCCGUGCGGGUGUGGCUGGCACGUGCUCUGCAACCCCGAGCGGAUCGGCAUGCUCACGGACGAGCACAGGCGGGAGGCGUACCGGCUGGCGGUGGCCGAGCUGCUCCGGGGUCUCCCGGGGGGGCCUGGCACGGUGCUGGACAUCGGCGACGGGGCCACCUGCGCGUUCUUGGCGGUGGGAGCGGGCGCGGGAGCGGCGGUUUCGUACGAGCCCGCGGAGUGGUCGCACCUCUUGGUCGGACAAGUAGCUCGAAACAACGACCUGGAGCAGAUGCACCUGCUCGAGGCGGCGGACGAGUGGCCUUUUCUGAGGGAGGUGAUUGGGAAAGGAGGAGACGCCGACGGUGAGGAGGAGGCCGCGGGCGAGGGGCAACAGGAACACCUGCUGUGCGAUGCCCUCGUAGGGGAGCCGUUCUACUACCGGAUGCAAUCCCUGGUGCUGUAUGAAGCGAUGAACUUCUGGUAUCUUCGACGAGUCUUCGACCCUGCGCUCAAGCCGGAUGCAAGGGUUCUGCCGAUGAGAGCGAUCGUCUGCGUAGCUGGUGUCGAGCUCCCCGACCUCUCUCUCAGCCACGGUCCCGUUGGGUCCGUGCUGGGCUUCGACCACGCGCCGUACGACGAGCGUGUCCGCCCCAGGUGGCACGAGCUUUUGUACCCGUACCCUCUCAGGGCGUACAAGCACAGGCUGCUUACGGAUGCAGAAGACCUGCUAUCAUUCGAAUAUACUUCUCUGCCGACGGACGUCGAAUCUACGGUUACCAUUUCGCCCUCGUCGCCUGGGACUGUGCACGCCGUAGCUAUUUGGGUCGAUUACCAGCUCAAUGAGACUUCGCGUUGGAGCACCUAUGGGGGAUUGUUCCGCGGGGGGGGGGGUGACGGGAAUGCCGCGCGGAGAGGGGGUGUUCACGAGAAGCAGAUGCUGAGAUUUUUGUCGAAGCCGCUCGACGUCAACGGUGGUGAUGCUUCUGCCUCUGCUGCUUCUGUGUUGACAGUGUCCGGGCGUUUCGAUGUAGAGGGCGGGUGCAUGAACUUUGAGGUAGUGGAGCCGUAGAGUGUUGUGGAGCGAAAUCCAAGAGUCUGGUACUGGAAUCGCGUCCUACAUACCAUUGCAAGGAAGGUGGAUGGAAGCAUUCUGACAGCCUCUGCCACUCUCCUUAUCGUCGAGGUCUUGCUGGCCGGUCAUGAGUUGCUUUGCGCCUGA